AAGGACGGACGAGGAGUGCUUCCUGUUUUGAUUUAUUCCGCUCCGUGUUCACCAGGUCGCGAUGGUUCUUGUCUCAACGGGAGACAACCACAACCCGUCCGCAAUGGACCGCUAUCCCUCCGCACAAAGGUCCAUCUUAUAAAGAGCCGCACGCAUCGGUGUACCUGGUGUAUCUUUGUACAUCGUCCCUAUAACAAUACACAACCUGACCUCACCGAGAUGGCCCUGAGCUCGGGCGGCUGGGCUGCGUCUCCCGUGCCCGCCUCGUCCCAGGCUCUGCACGGCGGGGGGCCCUCACUGGCGUCCUGCAACACCGUGUUGAUGUCCGUCCGGGUGUCUGUGUGUCAUUCGGGGAUACGACCCCUCUGCCUGCCCGGAGCAGGGAACGAAGCGCUCCGCCUGCAGCUCAGCAUGGAUCCCAGUCGGGCAGGGGAGUUUCGGCUGGCGCUGCGAGACACAAGCGGCAACCGCAGUGUGUUCAUCACAGAGUUCGACCUGCGCUCCGUGCAGUACGAGGUGAAGGCGCCCCGCAGUCACGAGAUGCGCCUCGCCACGCCGCCCCACGACUGCAUCCGUUUCAACUUCCGCUGCGACCGCGAGGCGGAGGAGUGGGCCACGGUGGUGAUGUCAUCCCUGAGAGAGGCGCACAGAGUCGCCAACAUCACUGCACACGAACUAGACGACCGCCGGCUCCACACGGCUGCGGCCAUCGAGCAGUGGAGCUCUGCUUCGUUGCCGCUCACCGAGGAGCUUUGUCUGGAGCUCACCAGGGCCAUCGAAGCGGGAGACCCGCAGUCGGCCUCGCAGCACGCCUCAUCCCUGGCCCGCCAGAAGGCCUCCCUGUCCAUCCAGCUCUCGGAGAAGAGCUACGCCAACGGAGAGAUCAGUCUGUCCGUGGCCGUGGAGGACAUGACAUCGUCCUGCUGUGUCACUGUCAAAGUGCUCCCCCACAUGACAGUAGCGGCACUCAAACAGCAGGUGUUUGUGGAGUACGGCUUCCACCCCCGGGUGCAGCGCUGGGUGAUCGGCCAGUGCCUGUGCACGGAGCCGCGCACGCUGGCCUCGUACGGCGUGCAGAAGGACGGCGACACGGCCUACCUCUACCUGGUGUCGGCCCGCCAGGCGCGCGCCACGACGCGGCAGACGCUGCAGCAGGAUCAGGACGGCGCCGCCCUGCUGGGCCCGCCCCCGCCGCCGGGCCCCGCCCCCCCGCACGACUGGAGGGGCUACAGCACGCUGCCCUGCAAGCUGACGCACAGCAGCCAGGGGGCGACACCCGGCGGAGGGGAGCGUCCCACGGAGAUCAAGGAGGCCCUGAACCUGGAGACCCUCCAGCUGACCGACAAGCCCAGCAGAGCCACCAAGACCCAGAUGGAGUGGGCGUGUCCCUCGUGCACGUUUAUCAACAAGGCCUCCCGGCCCGGCUGUGAGAUCUGCGCCACCGCACGCCCGGACACGCCCAAGCACGGCCGCAUCCAACAGGAGAAGGGAAGGCGAGAAGAUCGAGCAGAGGCGGGAACGGCCAGCAGCUGACUGUCCCCCAGAACCCCCAGUGCAAGGCUGCGAUAUCUCACUCAUCUCUUUUUACACUUUCACGCGCGCAUACAUGCAAACUCAUUUUGUUUUGCAUUUCUGACCGAGAGCGUAUUGUAACGUUGAGCGCGUCGGUGGGCUGCCUUGUAAAGACCAGAUCGCCAACCGCUCUCUAAGCAUGACAUGAGGUCCAUGAACACAGACUGAACGAGUUACUGCAGACAAAAGUAAAAAAAAAAAAGAGGACAAGGCUGCCUCGAUGGACGUCACAGUGCAAUCAAGAAUAUAGGCCGACAGGCGGGGUCAGCAGAUGACACCGCUGGAGCAAAGGGGGUCCUAUAUUUAUUUUAAGAAGGGUAGAGGACAUUGCGUUCCUCCUAAUUUUAUCCAAAUUGAAGCUUCAAGAGAAUGGCAUACUUUCAAAUUCUGACUGUGAAUAGAUGGGGCAUUUUACCAUGUCCCGUUGGUGUGUGUGUGUGUGCGCGUGUGUGUGUGUGGGUGUGUCAUCGAUGGCAACAUAUAGUUUUUAAAAAACAUGGCUGCUAAGACGACACGCAGCGUUUACAGGGUUUCAAAGUGCUUUUAUUUUUUAUAACAUUGUCUUGUAUUGAUCUCAUGACAAUGCAUCCAAGUAGGUGAUGUUUAUUUCACUCUCCAUGAGUCAUGUUGUUUGAUUGGUUUAUGAUAUUGUAAAAUGGUGUACGCUGAAUAAAUAUAAUCGGAUAAUGUUCA